AAUAUUAUCAAAAUCAGAAGCAUUUAAUUAAGUUUAUAUUAGCUGUUAUGGACAUGGUGAUAACAAAUCUCCAACAGCAACGCAUGAUCACUGAGCAAUUGCGUCGUGAAGCUGCAAUAAAGCGUAUAAUGGUCAGCAAAGCUAUAGAUGAUAUUAUGAAAUAUAUUACUGAGCACGAACAAGAGGAUUGCCUCUUGGUUGGUUUCUCAUCGCAGAAGUCUAAUCCCUUUCGUGAAAAAAGCUCAUGCGCCAUUCUGUAAUAUUCCAUCAUGUUUAUAAUUGAAAUAUUCUACUAUAUGUUGAACUUUAACUUCAUUUAAAUUAUUCCAAAUUAUAUUCAUUUGGCUUCCAAAUGAUAACAUCAUAUAUUUAUUAACAUGAAUAAUGAAAAAUUUUUAAACAAAGCUAUAAUAUAUUGAAUUAGAUGGCUAUUGUAUAAAAUGAUAACUUUACAGUACCUACACGUGCCUCAUGUUUUACAGUAUGCAUAUAUAUUUUUAGAAAUAAUGUUAUACAUUUAUCUAUUAAUGCUCAAAGGUUUUAUACAAUAUUUCGCAUAUCAAUAUUUUCAUAAAAGUUAAAAGAAGAAGAAGGUAUGCAAUUAUUGGUAUUACUGUCAUUUAUCAAAAUAAAACAAUAUAUUAUAAUAAAAUAAAUGUUUCAUAAAUGUUACGGGUGCACAUAAUUGCAAAAAAAAAUACACGAUGUAUGGGAUUCUAACGACAAUAAAUUAUUUAUAAA